GAGAUUUUAUGUUGAAAAGUGCUGCAUCCUUGAUUCUUUUUGAAGAAUAUACUGGAAACAGAACAUAAACAGAAGACAUAUAGACUUUGAGGCCUUUUAUCAGAUGAGUCUAGAGGCUCGCUCUAAACAAGGCAGAUUACUAAAGGAGGCUAAGAAACUGGAUUCGAAAGCUGCUCUGGAAGCUAUACAUUCUACAAUCAAAGUGCCUGAGAUAUUGUCCGCAAUAACGACUAGUAGUGAAACCGUGUUACUAUGGGAGGGGCAGUUGUCGAUGAUGGACCAUCUGACGUGAAGGCUCCUGAUGGCGGAUGGAGCUGGGUCAUCCUCUUUGGCUGUUUCGUGAUCACUGGAUUCUCCUAUGGAUUUCCAAAAGCAUUGAGUGUCUUCUACCAUGAACUGAUUGCAGAGUUUGAGAUAGGAUACAGUGACACGGCAUGGAUUUCUUCAAUAAUACUUGCUAUGCUCUAUGGGACAGGUCCUUUGGUUGGCAUCUGUGUGAAUUGGUUUGGCUGUCGUCCUGUAAUGGUGGUUGGAGGUCUCUUUGCCUGUACUGGGAUGGUGGCAGCUUCAUUCUGCAAUAGCAUUAUCACAAUCUACAUCUGUGCUGGCAUUGUCACAGGUUUGGGCCUGUCAUUGACUUUUCAGCCUUCCCUGAUGAUGUUAAAUCGAUACUUUGACAAGAGGCGCCCACUGGCUAAUGGAUUGGCUGCAGCCGGAAGUCCAGUGUUCCUAUCGGUCUUAUCGCCUCUUGGGCAAACACUCCUGGAUACAUAUGGUUGGCGUGGAGGUUUUCUUAUUAUGGCUGGAUUAAUCUUUAACUGCACUGUAUGUGGGGCUCUGAUGAGGCCACUGGUAGCUCCCAAAAAGGCAAAAGUGGAACAAGCAGAGGAAGAUCUUAAAAAGAACAUUGAGAAACCCCCCAAGAAAAAGAUAAUUGACAUCACUGUGUGCAAAGAUAAAGGAUUUGUUAUCUACACCUUAGCUGCCACCAUCAUGGCUCUAGGACUUUUUGUACCACCUGUAUUUGUGGUCAAUUAUGGCAAAGACAUUGGUGUCCCAGAUACAACGGCAUCUUAUCUCCUCACAAUCCUUGGGUGUAUUGAUAUCUUUGCAAGACCCACCUUUGGCGUUGUCACUGGUUUUCCACGCAUCCGACCUUACGCACCCUACAUUUUUGGCUUUGCAAUGUUAUGUAAUGGCUUCAUUGAUCUGAUGGGCUCUAUGUCAAAUUCCUUUGGAGGUCUGGUUACUUUCUGCAUCUUCUUUGGGAUUUCCUAUGGAAUGAUUGGUGCUCUGCAAUUUGAAGUCCUGAUGACAUUGGUUGGCACAAAAAAAUUCUCCAGUGCUCUUGGACUGGUCCUUCUGGCAGAGGCCUGUGCAGUUCUCGUUGGUCCACCAUCAGCAGGGCGAAUCUUGGAUGGAACAGGAAAGUACAUGUUUGUGUUCCUUGUUGCUGGUGGUGAAGUUGCGCUCUCAUCCUUGGUUUUCACAUUGGGAAAUAUCUUAUUCCUGAGGAAAAGAGGAAAGGAGCCGGACUGUAAAGAAGGAAGUGCAGAGAAUGGGGAGUUUAAAAAGGCAGAAGAUGAUAUGAAAGCUAUGUCUGUAUAUACUGUACAAAUGGAGAUGGUCACCACUGGUGUAAAAGAAACAAAUGAGAAUGAGACCAUGAAAACAAAAGAGCCUGAGAAUAAGGAAAAAAGUGAGAGAAAUAUGGUAGUUAAUACCUCAGAAGGCAAACUAGAGGAAAAUCCAAAAGCAUGAUCCUACAGGAAUUGUGUAGAUCACUAUGGAUGAAAUAAAAAAAGACUGCAAUAAUGUGUUCAAAUAUAUUUGUCAUAAUGUGUAUAAUUCUGAAAUUUUUUGUAUCUCAUUUGAAAUACGUAGAAAUACCACUGCACAUAACAGCGUACAUGAGUACUUACAGAGUAAAUGAAUAAAAAUGAUUGCAAAAUA